AUGGAAUCUAUCUUAACAGAGUCCGGUGUAAACUUAGGAGCGAGUUCAAUGGAGGAGCAGUUCCAUCUCUCGCCGGCGUGUGCAGCUAAGCAGGCAGCGCGUGCAAGGCGCGCCGCGGCCGCUACGUGCGGCAUGGCAGCAGGCUGGCGUCGGCAUACACGGGCCUGCACGCUCCACAGAGCUCCCCUUUUUCUGGCCUCUAUGCAGUCGUUCUCCGUCCAAUUGCCUAAGCUUUCA